GGAGGAAGAGUCGGCGGAGAUACGGAAGAGAAAGAGGGCGUGAGAGCAUGGCGGUGGAUUUGCAGACGGCGUUGGACAUGGGCAUGAGCGAGGCGCAGCUGGCCGAGGUCCGUGAGCUGGGCGAGGAGGCGGCGUGGUCGCUGUCGACGGCCAAGACAGGCUUCCCGGUCGAUCAUCUGCGAGAUGGCUCGACGGAAACAUACUGGCAGUCGGACGGACCGCAGCCGCAUCUGGUCAACAUCCAGUUUCCCAAGAAGAUGGCCAUCACACAUCUCGCCCUCCACGUCGACUAUCGCCACGACGAGUCGUACACGCCGCGGACACUCUCGCUCCGCAUCGGGACCAACUACCACGACCUGGUCGAGCUCGAGGUUGUCGAGCUGGAUCAGCCGGCCGGAUGGGUCGUCAUUCCGCUGCGGACGGCGGCGGCGGCGGCACGGGCGGCCCGGCGGGCGGAAGCGCUGGAGAAUGGCGAGGAGCCCGACGAUGACGACGCCGCAGACCUCGACGCCGUGGUGCGGACCAACUUUCUCCAAGUCGCCGUCGUCUCCAACCAUCAGAACGGACGCGAUACACACAUUCGCCAGAUGCGGGUCUUUGGGCCGAAGCGGAGCGUCGCCCUCCCUGGCCACAUCCCGCACUUUGGCACCGUCGAGAUGCAGCAGUUUGCCAUCCUGCGAUGACAACCAUGGACAAGCAUGGGGUGGUUUAUGCUGUGUCGGUCGGUGGAGGGGGGGAAGGAGGCGAGGAGGCAGAAGCGGGAGCAGCUUCGGCAUCACUAACGGCAGCGGCAGCAGCGGCGGUAGCGCGGGCAGAGACGUCAAAGCGGAUAAAGUCGACCUCGAUAUC